AGAGAGAGAGAGAAAAGAGGGGGAGCACAUGUGUAUGCUUGUCACUGAGGGGCUGGGAGAAGGACUAAGGGAAGCGAGGUAGCUGGCCACAGCCGCCAUAUGCUGACUGGAUUCCUGUUCAUGUCUGCUGAGUGAAGACUGCAGGUUUGUGCUGCGCACUGGCCGGCUGGGGAACGCACCAUGGGAAGCUCACAUCUCCUCAACAAAGGCAUGCCUCUAGGUACGGCUUUGACUUUGAAAUCUGAUUCAAGGAGCACUGGUGGCCUAGCGGUCUAAGCACGCGCUCCAUAUACAGAGGCUAUAGCCCUCGUCGCAGAGGUGGCAGGUUCCAUUCCAGCCUCGACCAUUUGCUGCAUCAGGCCACCCAUCAUGAAUGGUCCUAUGCAUCCGCGCCCCCUGGUGGCACUGCUGGACGGGCGUGACUGUACAGUGGAGAUGCCCAUCCUGAAAGAUGUAGCAACUGUGGCCUUCUGUGACGCUCAGUCCACACAGGAGAUCCACGAGAAGGUGUUAAAUGAAGCUGUAGGAGCUCUUAUGUAUCACACUAUCACUUUGAUGAGAGAAGACCUGGAAAAGUUUAAAGCUCUGCGCAUUAUAGUCCGCAUCGGCAGUGGCUACGACAACAUCGACAUCAAAUCUGCUGGAGAACUUGGCAUAGCUGUGUGUAAUAUGCCAGCAGCGUCAGUGGAGGAGACGGCAGACUCCACACUUUGUCACAUCCUCACCUUGUACCGGCGGACCACCUGGCUGCACCAGGCUCUCCGGGAGGGCACACGGGUUCAGAGUGUGGAGCAGAUCCGAGAGGUGGCGUCAGGAGCCGCGAGGAUCAGAGGAGAGACACUGGGACUUAUAGGACUUGGUCGAGUUGGCCAGGCUGUAGCUCUGCGAGCCAAGGCCUUUGGUUUUAAUGUGAUCUUCUAUGACCCAUACUUGGCCGAUGGCGUAGAGAGAUCCCUGGGACUACAAAGGGUCACCACACUACAGGACCUGCUCUUUCACUCGGACUGUGUUUCUCUGCACUGCAGCCUCAACGAACACAACCACCACCUGAUCAAUGACUUCACCAUCAAACAGAUGCGUCAGGGGGCAUUUCUGGUGAACACGGCUCGGGGGGGUCUGGUGGAUGAGAAGGCCCUCGCUCAGGCCCUGAAAGAGGGGAGGAUACGUGGAGCUGCUCUGGAUGUUCAUGAGACAGAGCCUUUCAGUUUCAGUCAGGGCCCACUGAAGGACGCUCCCAACCUGAUCUGCACCCCACAUGCUGCCUGGUACAGUGAACAGGCUUCACUGGAGAUGAGAGAGGAGGCAGCCAGGGAGAUCCGUAGGGCUAUCACAGGUCGUAUCCCUGACAGUCUGAAGAACUGUGUGAAUAAGGAGUUCCUCACCCAGAACAACCACUGGACAGGAGUCGACCCCGCCACCGUCCACCCUGAACUCAAUGGGGCUUAUAGACAAUUAUUCAUGCAUCAAAAGUCUGCUGAUACACCAUUGGUCAAUACUACUCGGGCUACAAAUGGACUUCAAACAUACUACAGAACAGUUCCUAUGCUGAAUUUCCAGAUCUCUGGGUAUCCUCCAGGUGUGGUCAACCUGCCGGCCGGUGGCCUCCCUCCGCCAGUUGAAGGCAUCGUACCCAGUGCUGUGCCCAUCAUCCACACCCUCCCGCCUGCUAUCACACAUCCUCCUCAUGCCCUGUCCCCUGGACAUAAUACUGUCAAGCCACCAGAGGGUGACAGAGAGCAGCAUCCAAACGACCAACUGUAGCCACACACACACAUGUGAUUGCCCCGUGUUGUCUGGUGACUGGAGGAUCAUAGCGAUAAGUUCCCUAGUGACAGGUUUACAGAGUGUCAGAUGGACAGGUUGAGGUCCCCAACAACGAUUGAUUGAAAACUCUGGCAAUGGUUCCCAACAGCCAGUUCACACUCCAAAGAGGAAGAGGAUGAUGAUGAUGAUGAUUAAGAGGAUGAGGUGGAGUGGAUGUCUGUCUGCUGCUCUAGAGUAGAGCAAAGACAGUCGUCCAGAGAAAGACUGUUCAGAUGCACACAUUUAUCUUCUCAUUACAACUACAGUAUGGUCCAGUUUUCUCUGCCAGAAGUCAGAAAAUAAAUUAACUUUCUGUUGAUUUGAAAGAAAAAAUCAGAAUCAGAUUCUGCUGUUUUAGACUGUAGUGUGUCUAAAGUUAGAGGGGCCUGUUUCAUGUCUUUCCCUCUUUUUCUGUGUCCUUUUCCUUAGUUUGAUGUACAAGCAAACGUAGUAGGUUAUGAAAUGAAUGUAACCUGUCUGUGAACAGUUUUUAGACUUACCACAAAAAAAAUGGAUAGUUGUAUUCCAGUCUUAACAAAAAACAAGGGUCAUGUGAUCUCUCUCUGUAGCCAAACUGGUUUGAGAAUACAAUAUCUGCUUUUUUUGUGUCCCCUAAUUAACAAGCCCCCCUUCCCCUGAAAAAAAAGAGGCAGCUUUUUGCACACCAUCUCAGGAAAUUCAGUUUCCGCGGUUGGUAUAUUAUUUUUUAAAAUUUCUGUUUUUAUGCCACUUAGUGCUUUUGUUUUUUCUACCUGCUUGCCUUUUUGUGUCCCGUCUCAUUAGAAGAAGAACUUUAACGUGAGUUAAAGAUGAUCUAAUGUUCGUUUCUGUUUGUUCUGUUUUAGGGGAAUGUGAUUUUGUUCUUGGGACUUGUGUAAAUGGUUGACCCAAAUCGAAGGGGUUAUGGGAGAAAAGGCUGUAGCGAGCAGGCAUUAUGGUAUGCUUGGUUUGAAAGGCCCCUGGUUACUAUUUGAUCUUACAAAAUAGAGUGUUGGGGUGAAUCACUUUGAAGGAGAAAGCAGGUUGUGGAUGAUGCACUGAGUUUGUAGCAGCCUACAGUUUGAGAAACUAUCUCACAAGAGGUCAUUGAUCUUUGUCUUCUUCAUGUCCGAUGUUCCAGUACUUCCACAUACAGACUGUCCUGGUUAAGUAAGCAAGGCAGCAAACAAAGUUAAAAAAAAAAAAUAUGCAAAAGAUGUUUAGAAGUUGCCCUUAUUGCUAUGGAUCUGUCAUAUCGCUAAAAGACAUGUGAAAAACUGCAUUAACAAACCAGUUUUACCACAUUUGUGGGUUCUGCUGAAAAAAUCUUUGGUUCCUAUGUGAAUUUAAACUUGAACAAACAACCUAUGAUCCAACUAUUGUUUUACAAAGCAUGUCAGGAUGUAGUGAUCUUUUUUAAGUCUAGUAUCCCUUAACAUUUCACGAUGGGUCCUUCCUGGGUAUACUGUUCAGCCACUCUCUGUGGCCUUCUCUGUGUCUAUGUGUACAUAUGGUGUUCUGCCUGCCUGUGUCAAUGUGACUUGGUUGUAUCUGUGUCUAAAAAACAGCACUGGGAGGAGGGGUUAGGAAGAGUUCUCUCCACAAAGCAUCAUUACAAAGACUGCCAUCAAAAUACAAAAACGUAACACCACAGGAAAAACUACAAAUGCAAACAAAUACACCAAAAAUGUAUGCUAACAAACCGAGCAGGUAGCUUAUUCUUUUGCUGGUUACAUUCCAACGAUACUGAUACUCUUAGAUCAGUCAUAAAUGAUCUAAAGUUGUUUUAAAUUGGAAUAUUUAUCACUGAUUUCAGUUGUCGUGUUGUUGCUGUUAGCAUGCCAGCUAAGUGGCGGUGCUUUUUGGAUCCCCCUUCUACCAGCAGCUGAGUAGUAAAAACAGUUCACUGUUGCCUACCUGGUCUUCUUCAUGGUGAGGUAGUAAGAGUAGCAAUCAGGGAUGGAAAUUUCACCAGCCACUGGUGAGGGUAAAUAUGAAGGGUGUGUUCUUGCACAUGAUGUACUGAAAUGAAAUUCAAAUAUCACUGUCAGACAAGAGCCCAAAAAAUCCUGACUGCAAUCCUGGGAUAUGUUGAAUUUUACUCUUAAACUUUCCUCACCAGAUGCCUGUCAGAGUGGAGAAACUCUUUGCUAAUACUUCCUGAUAAACACUGUAAGCAUUCCUUAUUCAAACCGAUGGGUGCCACAAGCUAAAACAACGGACUAGUUUUUAAAGAGUCGAGGUGCUCCUUGAAAUUCCAUCCCUGGUAGUAACACACAGUCCACUGUUGCCUACCUUGGUCCCCUUUAUGGUAAAGUAGUAGGCGUAGCAAUAUACAGUAUACAUAUUCUAUAUUCUACAGUAAAUAUCAUUAUUUUUGGUCAAAACUGACAACCUGACAAAGAUAUGUUUGUGACUGUAUGCAUUUGUAUGAAUUAUUUUAAAAGGAAAUAAACUGUGGAAAGGUGAA